CGUCUCUCCCCCAUGGAACGAAGCCGAAUAGUAUCACGUCUCGGGCUCCUAGCCGUUGUCGGGUUUUGGCUCUUUUCGCUUGUGCUCUCAACUUACCCUCUCUUCUAUCACGACCGUUCAUUCGCACGGGAGAAAUCCUUCUCCAUAUCGCGGAAAUUGGCUGGCCAGCGGACCCGUUUCUGUGACUUACUUUCUGAAGACGAUAAACUACAGCGGGGCGGGUGGUGGUGGACUUUGACUCAGAUGGUGAUGGCCCAGCAGGAUUCGGAAAUUUGUACAGAUGGCGGACCCGCUAACCCGUCAUGGGAAGGCCUCAAAGGCGGCGAACACUGUUUACGAUAUGCCACGCGGGAAUACACAGCCAAACUCGUUAAUACUCCCUCAGGUGCCGACGCCUUGAAAACGUGCAGGGAAACCCCUGUGGGAAUUCACGAGGCCGCUUUGUUCCCAGAUUUCUGUCAGGAUUUGGGCUCAUGGGGAGGCGUAUGGGGGCACUGGGUCAUUGACUUUGCCGAAUCGGAUUGUAGAACGUGGUGGGGCGAUUUUGAGGAUAGGGGAUGCGUGGACCACGGAUCGACAAUGGAUACCAGGCGCUUCGAAUCUCGUCUCGAAAAUUUGAGAGAGGGAGACGACUGGCAAAUCAUGUGCGCCACGACGCCUGCUGACUUUGAGAAGUCCAACUUUCCCCUUGCUUGCACAAACUCGGGCAAGCCAGGGGUUUACGGUAUAUGGGAAUUUGAGGAUAAAACAUGUUACGACAUUCUGCCGUCUUGAACUGUCAUCACCUUUUUUUGAGGCGCAUCUCAAGAAUCCUCCAUGACUCCUGAGGCCCGAGGAUCUUUCUCCUUGCAUGUAUUUUUAGUUUUUUUGGAAUUGUACUCGUCCUCUGCUC